UUUGGGUUCCGAACGGUUGACCAGCUCAAAACUGUCUAGUUCAAAAACUUAACUAUGACAAAUCAGUUAAUAAAAGUGUGUUUGUGUGUGAGAGACAUCAUUCAUUUAAUCAUCAGAUACAGACGACACUCACAAAUGUUCGGUCCCACUCACUGCUGACCAACCUUCUCAAUCUCAUCCUCAUUUUGCUUUUUUUUUUUUUUCUUAUUCUAAGCAAACACCAAAUAUCUUCCAGCUAAUACCGAAUUGUAGGUUUGUAAGCGUGGAGCAUACGGUGCUGGCGAAUAGACAAAGACCAAUGAUCUCAGUAGCAAGCUUUUUAGCUCAAGUAAACGUCCCUAUUUCCACAUUUUAUGGACUGGUGAAAGAGCUUGAGUCUGAAAUUAAGCCUCCAAAUACAUAGAUAUAAACCAUACAAGAAUACACAGAAGGUCGGAUCCUUUGAAAAAGGAUCUCAUCUUUUGGAUUUUAGCAUAUGGAAGCAAAACCACAGUAAAGUAAUUUGUGUGUUUCUUAGCAGGAACUACUCUGUUCUUGGCUCUUGCAAUAGUUAAACCAUGUACCAAAUAUAUAAAGAAUUGCGUCUAUGCAGACCUGCGUCUAUGUAGUGUGCGUAUUAUGUGUUGAGCUAGUCUGUAUUUUGGAUCUUUAUACUUUGGCCAUAUGUAACAGACUACAUAUCAGCGAUUUGAUCCAAAGAUUAAACUUUAUUUUCUUACUACCUCUUUAGCUCAUGUCUGAGAACUGAGACAACGAAGAUUUUUUUUUUCGUUACCAUUAAGAGUAUACCACAACAGUUUUGAAUUUGCUUACUUGGAUACGAUAACGAGUUUACGGAUAGCUCUACCGGUGUACUAGCUGACCGGGAGACAGCUUAGACAUCCAUUUAAUUAUUCUGGUCCAAAACUUCUUGGAAACCAAAAAGGGUAACAUAUCUAUAAUUCAAUGUCCUACAAUAUAUUGAUGUCAUCAUUUAUGCUCGGUUUCGUCACGCCCUUCAUCACCAGCUGAUUAUUUAAAUAUUUAUUUAUCUAAUAUAUUACGAAGGUACGGGCUCGGGCUAUAUAUAAACACUAUUUUCCUUCAAUUUCUUAUAAGAUUUCUUGGCUUUAUGGACGGUACUCCUUGACCUCGACACAUAGAGAGAGGAUCCAUAUCAAACCGUAAAUCGAAACCUAUGCGUUUAGGAACUUACUGCGUUAAAAGGUAUGUAUAAUUGGAACUUUAUAAGGGUCACCAUUAUGUAACCAGUUUACGUAUGGAAUAAAGUUACGAACAAACUUUUAAGUAAAAAACAACAAACAAAUUUGUCGACUCCUACCAUAGUAUUAUCCCACAUCCAUAUUAAAUUAUUUACGUAAAUUAUUCUGUCGAUAAAUUUAGAAGUAAAACGAGUCUACUUAAUUCAAUGUAUUUAAUUUAUACUCAUUAUAUUUUAUGGAUGAAAGAUAGAUUGAUGUUAUGAUAUACCUGUCAUUAUGCUCGGAUUUGUCAUGCACGCCAUCACCAACUAAAUAUUUGAGUUGUAAUUUAUAAAUUUGAUAGAUAAUCAAAUAACGGGCACGGUCUCGGUCUAUAUAAUAGUUUUUUUUUUUAAAAUAUCUAUGCAAGAUGUGUUGGUUUUGUGGACGUUACCCUUUGACGCAAGGUUGCUUAGAACCAAAAAUCAGAACUUGGAUGAUUCGGAACUCAAUGCACUAUAAAGUCUUUAAUUUGCAUUGUUGGAUAACACGGCGCCAUGCAUGAUUGCGUAAAAUUAUAGUAUAAAAAGUGAAAUAAUAUAUGAGAUGAGAUCACUGAUCAAAAUUGUAAAUGAGGAGACGGGCGAGGCUAAAAUAAUCCACCCCCUACCUGUUUGAGCCUGAAAUUGUGAAUUAAAAUCUGUAAAACCGAUAAAUAUACAAAACUAGCUAGGUGAUUACAGAGCAGUUGUCUUGGCCAAAAUGUGUAGAUCUUGUGAGUGUUUGACGUACGAAUUUGUAAAGAUCAUUUGUAGUUUCUGACCAAUAAAAAGAAAGGAAAAGGAUCAGCUGCUGUCUUCGAUGGCAAUGCAUAUGAGUCAGUACUGCAUAACGAAUAUAUCAGUGGCGUCAGACGGAAAUUUUACCGGGGCAAACUAUAUAUAUAUAUAACAAAAAAAAUCUACAAAUACUAUUACACCAUUAUACAAUAGAAGACAAAAACAAAAAUGCAGGAUUGAAAAGAACAUAUCAACAAAAACAGAUAAAAAGGAGACAACAUAAACUUUUAACUUAAAUUCAUAGGGGACAUUAGAACAAAUUUUACCACUUAAGCUAUGUAAUUUUCUAAUUAUCAGCAAAUAGACAAAUUAUUUCAGUAUUUCAUAGUGGACACUAGAACAAAUUUUACCACUUUAACAAUGUAAUUUUAACUAAGUGGACACUAGAACAAAUUAUUUCAGGAAAUAGACAAUUUAUUUCGGUAUUUCAUAGUGGACACUUAAACUAUGUAAUUUUAACCAAAUGGUUUUGGUCUAGUAGUAAAAGAAUUAUAACUGGAGUUUUUGCCAUGGGUUUGAUUCUCCUUGGCCAUCUAUAGACGCUUUAAAUGAUAAAAAACAAGGAUUUCUAUAGAUUUUUUGGUGAUUAGUCUUUGGACUUAAAAAUCAUUUGAAAUCACACCAAAGUUAUAAAAAAAAAACUAUGUAAUUUUCUAAUUAUCAACAAAUAGACAAAUUAUUUCAGUAUUUCACAGGGGUGGCAUUAGAAAAAAUUUACCACUUAAACUAUGUGUGGUAAACUAUGUAAUUUUCUAAUUAUCAACAAACCGACAAUUAUUUCAGUAUUUCUUAGGGAGCAGCUGCCCUCUUCCCUCCUUCCUCUGCCACUGGAAUAUAAGAUCUUGUAGAGUUGAAAUCUUCUUCUUCUUCUUCUUCUUCUUCUUCUUCUUCUUCUUCUUCUUCUUCUUCUUCUUCUUCUUCUUCUUCUUCUUCUUCUUCUUCUUCUUCUUCUUCAUUGGUCUAAAACCCUUAAAAAUUAAGUUAAUAUAUGAAAACAUACUAUCUUCAAAUUAUUCAAAAAAAUAAUUAUUUUUUAUUAAAUUGAUUAUAACUCUCAAAAUUUUAGAAUCUUCUGCUCAUGUUAUAUAUUCGGUACAACUAGUACGUGGAUCUUAAUCAUUGCAAAUUAUAUUCGGUACAAAUAAUAGUAUAACUAAUAAAUUCCCUAUAAGAUAUAAAAUCUAGAGAUCUCUUAAAUACAUGCUGACAGAUAACGAGAUACAGUGAUACACAAUAUAUUCAUACUGCCUAUUUCAAGACUCAUAUGAAUCGAGAUGGAGAUAUCCAAUUGAUAUUGUGGUACUAACGGCAAAUUUCUUACGAAAUCUCUUUGACAUAUUUUGCAGAAAUUCGAAAUUUAAAUCCAUUUUCAAAAUUGAGAACUCAAAUCUGAAAGAAUACAGAACUCGAUCGGACAUACUUCUGUCGUUUUCAAAAACAUCUGAGCAAUAAAUCAAUUUAAACGAAACUUUGAUAGUUUUAAUACUAGUUUUUUUUGUCAACGUUCUGAUUCUAAUAAUUAUAAAUAUACAAUGAUUGUAUCGGUACAGGCUAUUUGACUAUUUCACAAGGAACCAGCUCUUCGGUCGCCGGCUACUAACUUUUAUAUAUAUAUAUACUACAACUUUUUUUUUUUUUUUUUUUUGAACUGAUUCUAUAUAUACUACAACUUACUUUUGUAGUACAACUUCCGAAUGAUAUUACCGUUGUACUGUCACAGAAAUCUCUUACAAUAAAGUCAACACUGUACUACAAACACAACCAUAUAUAUACACAAUAUAAGUUCAUGAAGUGAAAAAAGUACAACACAACACCAACCAGAACAAUGUCUUUCUCUUCCAAAACCCUAAGGUCAACUCUCUUCUUCCUCUCUAUUCUCUUCCUUUGUUUCUCCCUAAUCCUAGCUCACGGCGGCUCAGACCACGAUGAAGAGGAGGAAGCUGCGGGGGCCAACCAACCACCUCCGGCCGCUGGCACAACCGUCGUGGAUCUCCGGUCGACGAGCUUAGUGCGUGUGAAGAUCUACUGUCUUAUAAUACUCUUCUUUAGCACAUUCUUGGCGGGGAUUUCUCCUUACUUUUACCGAUGGAACGAGUCGUUUUUGCUCCUAGGAACUCAAUUCUCCGGCGGUAUAUUCCUCGCGACCGCUCUAAUUCAUUUCCUCAGCGAUGCCAACGAGACUUUCCGAGGGUUAAAACACAAGGAGUAUCCUUACGCCUUCAUGUUAGCAGCCGGUGGAUAUUGCCUUACGAUGCUCGCAGAUGUGGCGGUUGCGUUUGUAGCGGCUGGGAGUAGUAAUAAUAAUCACAACGGGGCUAGUGGAGCCGGAGAGUCGAGAGUGGAUGAUGCCGUGGAGGUGAAGGAAGAAGGUCGUCGUGAGACUGGAAGUAGCGUUGAUGUGAAUCAAACGAUUUUGCGUACGAGUGGAUUUGGAGACACGGCUUUGCUAAUUGUUGCGCUUUGUUUUCACUCGGUUUUCGAGGGAAUCGCCAUUGGUGUCUCAGACACUAAAAGCGACGCAUGGAGAAACCUGUGGACAAUAUCGUUGCACAAGAUCUUCGCAGCCGUAGCCAUGGGAAUAGCUCUCCUCAAGCUAAUCCCUAAACGACCAUUCUUCCUCACAGCUGUCUACUCCUUUGCCUUUGGGAUUUCGAGUCCUUUAGGCGUGGGCAUUGGCAUCGCCAUCAAUGCUACGAGCCAAGGAGCCGCAGGUGAUUGGACUUACGCAAUAUCAAUGAGCAUUGCAUGUGGAGUCUUCAUGUAUGUUUCGAUUCACCACCUUAUCGCAAAAGGGUAUAAGCCUCGUGAGGGGUGUUACUUCGACAAGCCAAUCUACAAGUUUCUUGCUGUCUUCCUCGGUGUUAUCUUGCUCUCUAUUGUUAUGAUUUGGGAUUAAUUUUGUUCACAACUUUAGUUUCACUAAUUCCUUUGUUAAAAUCUGUUUCAUUAUCUUUCAAGUUCAAUUUCGAGGAAAACAAUUCAAUGUAAAUCGUUAAAAGAAAAUUGUACUACACUCUUA